UGAAAAUUAAAUUGGUGAUGAAGGCGCAUCAGGCUUAGGUUCUGCUUUAGCAAAUUGCAUUAAUCUCUCAAAUUUGACACUUUAGCUUUAUCGAAAUUAAAUUGGUGAUGAAGGUGCAUCAGGCUUAGGUUCUGCUUUAGCAAAUUGCAUUAAUCUCUCAAAUUUGACACUUUACCUUGGUUCUAAUUAAAUUGGUGAUGAAGGUGCAUCAGGCUUAGGUUCUGCUUUAUCAAAUUGCAUUAAUCUAUCAAAUUUGACAUUUGACCUUUG